CCUUUUAGGAAAUGUUCAUCCUUUUCUUUAACCUUUAUAUAUAGCUCCCUCCAAUUCAAGUAACCAUAUCAAAUCAACAAACUCAAUAUACAAAGCCUUUUCUUUUUCUAGUAGUCUUCACAAUUUUCUUCCAGUACAAAUAUCUUGCACCAAACACCUUUUUUUUUCACCAAAGACUUUAAACAUAAUGGAAAUGGUGAUGAAGUUGGGAGCACAAAGUCCAGUGGUGAUUUUCAGCAGAAGCACUUGUUGCAUUUCUCAUAGCAUUGAAACCCUAAUCCGCAAUUUUGGAGCAAACCCUAUCAUUUAUGAGCUUGAUAGACUUCAAAAUGGGAGGGAAUUAGAGAGAGCAUUGGUUGAAUUAGGGUGUCAACCAAGUGUGCCUGCUGUUUUCAUUGGGAAUGAGUUUGUUGGUGGUUCUAAUGAGAUUAUGAGUCUCAACAUUAGAGGCAAACUCAAGCAACUGCUCAUAAGGGCUAAUGCAAUUUGGGUAUAGAAAAAUAAACAUGCUUGUAAUUUAAUUUACUAGUCAAAAAGUCUAAGUCUUGAUGUCAUUUUUGGACAGUGAUAGACUUAGCUAUUGAGGUCUUCUUUUGUUUCUAUGUUACAAUAAUAAUCUUUUUCAUCUCCAA